AUGUCCACUCCCGCUGCAAAGUGCCUCGGCGAGCUUCUUCACUUCUUGCCGCACCGCUGCUUCACCAAGGUGCAGGAGUCCGUCAUCCCAGUCUUGUUUACGAAUGACCAAAACUGUCUUGUGGCCGCGCCAACUGGUAGUGGGAAGACGGUCCUGCUGGAGGUGGCGAUGCUACGGCUCUUUCGCAAUGUUCUCGCCCCCCGCGAUGACGCCGGCGCGAUGGCAACAGCGGAAGACGGCGAGACCCGCAGCUCUUCUGGGCCACUGCAGCAGCGAAAACGGAAGGCGGUGUACAUCUGUCCCAUUAAGGCGCUCGCGAACGAGAAGUACGAACACUGGCGUGCCCAAUUUCCGACCUUGACGGUUGUGAUCGAAACGGGCGAUCAGCAGCAGCAACAAGCAGACCAGCAGGAGCGCUCGUGUGUCACAGCGUCCACGACCGGUGAUGCCCGAGGACGCGACGGAUUGGAGAACAUGGUAUGCGUCUCACAGGCUGACAUUCUCGUCACGACACCGGAGCGGUGGGACAGCAUCACGCGACGCUGGAAGGAGAAGGAGGUGAUGGCAAUCGUGAACUCCGUCGGCCUCCUGCUCUUAGACGAGGUGCACACGGUGCAAGAGGAGCGUGGCGCCGCCAUGGAGGCCAUCGUGAGUCGCGUCAAGGUCAUUCAAGCGUCGUCGAGUGCUAUGCAUCAACACUCAGCGACGGAGACGGCGCCCACACGCAUUAUUGCGAUUAGUGGUACGCUGCCCAACAGUCGCGACCUUGCCGAGUGGCUGGAGGUGUCGCCGGAAAUGACAUUCGCCUUCGCUCCGAGUGACCGCCCGGUGCCGCUGACGAUACGUGUGAUCGGCUACGCGCACGACUCACCAAACCCGUUUGCGUUUCAUCGCUUCCUUUCCUUCAAGAUAUUCGGCUUCAUGCAGCAGUACAGCCAAGGUAGGCCAACGCUCGUUUUUUGUGCCUCGCGGAAGGAGACGAUGAGCUCGGCGCAGCGCAUCGUUGAAGACAUCCGCGAUGCCGCGGCUCGCCAGGGGCAGUUGGCGCAGCUAGAACCCUCUGCAGAAGCGCAGCAGCGGAUGCAGCAGGCUAGCGACAAGCAGCUACGCAGCUGCCUGAUGAUGGGUGUCGGCUUUCACCACGCCGCCAUGACCAAGGAAGACCGUCAACUCGUGGAGCGGAUGUUCCGCGAGCAGUACAUUGUGGUCGUAUGCGCCACAACAACCCUCGCCUUGGGUGUGAACUUUCCCGCGCAUCUUGUUCUGAUCAAAGGAACUACUUUUUUUUCGAGCGGGCGGUGCCAGGACAUGCCCGUGUCAGAGGUGAUGCAGAUGUGCGGGCGCGCCGGUAGACCUGGCUUCGACACGCACGGCGUGGCGCUAGUGCUCACCAUGCAGCGCAGCGUGCACCUGUACGAGACACUCACUAGCGGCGCAGUGACGCUAAACUGCGUUGAGAGCCACCUGCACCGGCACAUGAUCGAGCACGUCAACGCGGAGGUGGCGCUGCGCACCAUCCACAGCUUCCCCUCCGCCAUGGAGUGGGUGAAAACGACGUUCUUUUGGAUCCGUCUGCGCAAGUGUCCGGCGCACUACGGACUGGAGUUCGCGAACCGAGCCGAAGAGCUGGAGUUCAACGCGGAGGCGUUCGUGGAGGCCCUCAUGGAGCGCGCUCUGCGCGUGCUCAUGGAGGAAGGUUGCGUGCGUCUGAGUCAGUUGGAGACGUUGGUGCUCUCGGCGGCGAGAAGGAUGGCCGCGCCCGUCGCCACCGGCGACAUGGACGACAUUAAGCAUCCCUCUGCUGUCUUUGAGGCAACGCGGCUGGGAAGGGCCAUGUCCCGCAUGUACAUCCUGUUUGACACAGUGUGCACGCUCAACGCGAAACUGAAGGACCGCGGGGCAGCGAGCACGAACGGCCACGAGCCCGAUGACGACUCUAGUGUGGACGCGUGUGCCAGUGCCAUAGACGUUGGGGUAAAGACAACGAUGCAGACAGGCCCUAUGAUCGUCGCAGAGGCGCCCGAGUACUCGUCCGCGAAGAUGGACACCUCAUCAGAAGAUGUGCAACCGAACAGUACCGCAGCAGACGUGACCAUGUGCUCGUCAAGGCGACGUAUGAUGCCCUUCAAUUUUCGGGAGGCUCUCCAGCUUCUCUGCCACUGCCAGGAGCUUGUGGAGGUUCGCCUGCGUCAAGGUGACCGCGGCCCGCUGAACGAGCUGAACAAGACAGUGAAGUACCCGCUACAUAGCGGACGCCGCGGCGGGCGAGAGGUCCGGGAGGACUGGCAGAAGGCCUAUGUACUGAUUCAGGUCCACAUCGGGUUGCUUCCCCUCACGGAGGUCUCCCUCCGGAACGACUCUCUGCGCCUUUGGGCGGUUGUGCCCCGCGUGUCGCGCUUUCUGGAGGAGUACGCAUGGGCCGCCACCACCUCCUACAGUUUAGCCGCGCAUGCAAACCUGCUGGCCCGCUGCAUCGAGCGCCGUGUCUGGCCAGACGGGCUCGUGCUGCGCCAGCUCAAACAUGUGAAUGACUCCGUGGCGAAAGCUCUGCUGCGGUGCGGGUACAGCACGUUUGAAAGCCUCGGCGGUGUCGACCCACGCCAGCUGGAGGUGCUGUGCAGCCGACUGCCGCCUUUUGGCUCACAAGUACUGAGCGAGGUGCGACGUCUGCCAAGGAUAUCGUUGGACAUCAGCUUUUUGGCUUCGGCGGCGGAGUCUGACGGCGUAGACAACCAACAUCGUGUCUUGAGUGGCGUUGUGCAGCUCACGUUGUCUCACGGUACAGAGGCGGUGACGGACGAAGGUGUCUUCACGGCGGUGCGGGGGCAGGGCUCCGAGACUGCCUCACCGAAGGCUGCAGGUGGGCAACCACAUCUGCUCAGCGACGUGGUUGCACUUAAUUCGACGCGUAUUCUUCUUCUUGUUGGAAUGCCUGGCGAAGAUCGCGUGCUCUUGAAACGGUUUGUGCCGUUCUCUGCCUUUGGUUCACCGAGCGCCACCCGGAGUACCUCAGGGGUCGCUCUUGACGCGACAGCAGAUGGUCGAGGUGCGUGGACGCUAUGCUUCCCUUUUGUUUCUCCGCCAUUAUCGCGUGGCACCAGCAGUGGUGGUGGUGGCAGAGGUAGGCGAAUCGAAGCUCGGUGUCUGGUGCUGCGAGUUGUGGGGAUGGACACUGUGACGGCGCGCGAUGAGGAAUUCUCCUCCGCUCGCGGUGACGCUGCGAGCGAGAGCAUCCACAAGCCAGCACAGAAGCCAGUGGCCAACGCUAGCGUGCCGUUUACCGCGCCAAAGGACAUUGCGCUUCUUCCUCACACGAAGGCGCCGCAGACAGCGCUGUCCGUCCGAGUGGCGUCCGAGGCCCGCGCCACGUUUAACGAGCUACUGGAGGACCUCCAGUACGUCGCAAGUGCGGGAGACCCCACUAAGCCCCACCGCACCGCACCACGACAACCACCCGUCUCACGCAAGCGCGUUCGUAUCGACCAAAACGCAUGUCGUGCUGCGGAGGACGAGCAAGGGACGCAGAAAAAGGAGACGCGCCGCUCAAAUGACAAUACUGCCGCCAUGUCGCCGCCCUCAGCAACGGCAAACGCCACCUCUCUCCUACCAGUCCCAGGUGCGCCAGAUCUGCGUCACGCAGAUGUGAGUGGCUCCGCCGGUGCAGCGACGGCUGAGGCGUCCCAAGAGCGCGCAGCUGCGGGCGGGUCGUCUCUAAACUCCGUGCGUUCCUCGCCUGAGCAUCGUGCUGAGAAAGGGGCCAGCGUAGAGGAACCCUUGCGUGACCAAAACACUCCGCAGCGUCUCAGUGAGUUCCCGUCGAAGCCGGUGCGCGAAUCGCCAUCACCGCGGCAGAUCCGACUCUGCCCCUCCCCGGAGAUAGGAGCCGCGGAUGCCCUUGCUGCAUCAACGCCAUCUGCGGCACACCAGCGAGUGGCACGAGUUCGUCUACAGCCGUGCACCUCGCCUCCAGCGUCCCGACCUCCUGACGUCGGCGGCGCUUCCCCACGCGCUUGUUUUUCGGCACCGCAACGAGAGAUACUAUACUCUACCCCGCAGGCAGCUUCGUUGAAGCCAGUGCACCCUCACGCCUACGGCGACACACCUCCGUAUGCCACAACGUCAGUGGACCAGUGGCGUACAUAUCCCUUGAGACGCAUGACUCCGUGGAGCGGGCAAUGGCACUCUUCGAUGGUGGCACCAGCGCCGCCCCCGUCCAGUCGCUUCGUGGUACGCGUGCCGCCACCUCACGCCUCAUCUCUUCACUUUGGCAGAGACCGCAUGCACGGCAGCGCACGCCAGCCGAGCGACGUAGUGGAACCGCAGGGGGCGUUCUACUACUCACUGGACCCAGAGCAGGCGCCGCCAGACAUGCGCUACGCUGUCAGUGGCGUGCAAGGCGAGUGCUGGCCCCCUGGCUAUAUGCAGGACCCGAGCUGGAUGAAUGGUGCCGUUGCAUCCUCGCACCCGUACCCCUAUCGCACGCCUUCCAUGGUGACUCGGCCAGCCAACUGCGGGCCGAUGCUUGCACGGCCGAAUAGUGUUGGGCAUCUGCCAGCUCAGUGGGAACACGUUGCCGCCGCUCCUGCGUCGCGCUUUUCGGAGCAGCGCCCGUCGUCCUUCUUAGCGUCUCGGCCGCUAUUUGAGUUCGCUGAGGAACACCAGCAGAUAUGGCAGACAGGCUCCCGACUGUUUAGCUACCCGCCUUCCCCGGUGCCCAGUGUAUCGUUGCCGCAUCAAGCUUCUUCGUCGACCCCAUACACCGUGUUACAAACUCAGGCCUGGCCUCGUCCACUGCAACCACCGGUUUACGACCCUCGUGACUGGCAUCCGUCCGCAUCUAUGCAGCGCGAGCGUGUGCCUCCGUCGCUGUGGAUGCCGCUGACCCAUGAGCAUCAGAAGCAGCGCUUUGCUAUGACGGAGGGUGAUCUGCGUGCAAGAGAAGCCCCCUCAGACAUGCCUGUGAGCCGCGCGGACGCGUCUGUUGCACGGCCCGCAUCGAUGCCCACCAGUGACCGUGGCAGCUUUCCCUCUCGCGUUCGUCGCCGCUCCUCAAUGGUGGCCCAAUCGUGGUGGCAGUGA